AUGAGAACUAGAGCGGGACUAGGUGUCCGAAAGUCCCCGCGGGAGCGCAGAGUUGGGGCGGGGCUAGUGGAGGGGCGUGCCCUGCCCCGCCCCCUUGGCUGGCCAGACACCGAGCAGCUGGGCGCAGGCGCUGGAGCGGGGCCUCAGCUUCUGCCCCGGCUGCGGCGGGAGGAGGCGGUGCCUGCGGGAGCGAAGGGGGCGGGUCAGGGGCUGCGGGCUUUCUCCCGCUGCAUUAUCCCUGGCCCACCGCCUCCCUCUGCAGGUGCGGCGGCUGGACCCGAGGCUGCGUCACUGCGGAGAGAGUUGCAGAAGUGGAGCCUGUCCUGCAGACCAAGGAGCAGCCAGGCACGGGAUCCAGUUACCAAAUCAGCGUUUUUGCAGAGGUCUCAUGGGUCAGAGGUGGCAGACUUCCUGAUUUGGCGGAGAAGGGCGGGGAUUCCUGGAGGUGUGGAAGGAGAGGACCCCUCCAGAGAUUGGCAAAGACCUAAGAAUACUCACCGUUGACUAGGGGCUAUCGAUUGAUACCAACUUUCUGGAGGAUGAUUUGCCAGAUGUGUAUCAUUGGGCUUAAAACUGUACACACCUUUUUUGGGGGGGAGGGGCAGAGAGAGAGAGAUGGGGACAAAGGACCCAAAGCGAGCUCCAUGAUGACAGCGGCUGACAUCAGUGAGCCUGAGGUGGGGCUCAAACUCAGGAACUGAGAGAUCACGACAGGAGAGGAAGUCAGACGUUCAACCCACUGAGCCCUUACACGCCUUUUAACCCAACUUCAUUUCAGCUCGAUGAGUUUCAUCCACAGGAGAUCACUGGACAGGUGCACAAAGCUGUGUCUGUGAGGAUGUGUCUAAUUUUGAAGACGGGACCGGCUAGCUAGGACUUGGCUCUGCAGAACGGAAUUCCCCCAACCGCUAAAAAGGAGGAGGUAGCUCUCUGUGCCAGUGAUUCUCAGACUUUAAGUUUUUUGGUAAAGAUUUUGCCUGCCACCUGCCUCUGUUGCAACUGCUCGGCUCCGUCUGUAUAGCACAAAAUCAGCCCUAGACAACGUGGCUGGGUUUUGUUAAACUUCGUUGGCAAAAAAACAGGCGGCGGGUUGAAUUUGGCCCUAGGUUGAGAGUUUGCCAGCCCCUGCCCCAGAGCUGAGAUUCAGAACUUGUAGUUUCUAAUGAAUUGGGUCUGAGAUGGAGCCUGAAGGUUUGCAUUUCUAACAAGUUCCUGGGUCCUGCGGAUGCUGUUGGCCCUGAAACAACUCUGAAGAGAAUCACUGCCCUUUGUGCUGGCUGGGGAAAUGGCCGUGAUCUAUUAGGUUCAAGAAGCAGGUUAGCAAACAUCACAUGCAGGGAUAUUCGCGUACCUGCCUAAAAUCACUCCUUGGAGCCCUGCCCCCUCACUCACUUCUUUGCCACCCCCCACCCCACCCCUGCCAUGACUCAAUCUUUGAGAGGCUCAAGAACGUCAAGUGGGGGAAAUGUUUCCUGGAAGAGGACCCCUCCCUGCCCCCCCCCCCCCCGGUUCCAGGGGAUGGGAGAAGAGAGGAGAAGUAAGAGAUUGGGGUGGGAGGCACCAGAGGCUAGGUGAGUGAGGGAUCCCUGGGGUCCCCCAAACUGGGCUUCUUGAGACCUAAACAGUCUGGGAGAUGUGAAGCUGGGGGAGUCACAGUUCUGAAUCUCCAAGAUCUGUUGGGUUGGGGGCCAGGGGAGUUGCAUGUCUGGAAACCCCAGUACCAGAUCAUCAGAGCUCAGGGUGGGAUCUCCCAAAAACUUGUCUGGAGAGGGGAGGGAAGGAGGAGUCCCCAGUUGAGGGUCUCAGGAUUGGAGGACCUUGGACCGAAAGGGCUGUGUGUCCUCUUAGGACACAUCAGGGCAGAAGCCCCCCACCCUGGGCGAGGGGAGGGCGGCGAGAGCCCAAUUUGGAGGUCUGGGAACCCAAGAGAUAGAAGUCACGGGCCCUGGGGUGCCAGCUUUGGGAGUCACUGAACUUGGGGGCCCCAGUCUUGAAGGGCAAAAGGGGGAGAGUCCAUCCCAGGUUCGGGGUAGGGGGUCCCCAGUACCGGAUCAGCGAGGCGCUGGCAGGCUCCACAGUCAGCAGCAGCAGCAACCACAGCAGCAGCGUCGGUAGCGGAGACAUCUCUGGGGACCGAGUGUUGACCCAUCCGUUUUCUUUCCUCAGAGACUCCGCCCUGUUCACCGCCCACCUCCGGGUUUCUGAGGUGACCGGGGAGGUGAAGUCUCUCUGUGGGUGAGGGGGGACAGGAGCGGGAAGCGGGUGGUGUAUUUUGAGGGACCGGUGGGAUAUUUUUGUAGGGACACCAGAAAUGUCAACUUGUGCCACUGGUCGCCUCACUCCCGACUUCAGUGAGGGGACAGGGACGGUCUCCCGCGGCCCCCACCCCACUUCUAAUCCUGUAGCUGCUGUUGCUUUGUUUACCACUUUCACUUCACUCAUUAGCCACAAGGUUUCCUUGGGCAAGUGCAGGGAUGGGCGGAUGUUGCGAAGGAUCUGGGGGAAGGGAGAGAAGGUCAGACUAGAGGAGCUCCUUCCCCUGGUAACUGGGCAAAGAGCAGAAAAAUAUUUGACAAUGUCUCUCUGGGUCUCAUUGUGCCCCUUUUUUCAUUGACUAAGCUUCUCAAAUAUUAAAUGGGCAUCCGAACGUCUAGUUAAAAUGCAGAUUCCUGGGCACCACGCUCAGAGAUUCUGGUUCCCAAGGCCUGAGAUAGAGCCCAAGAAUCUGCAUUCUUUUUCUUCUUUUUUUUAAUAUAUGAAAUUUAUUGUCAAAUUAGUUUCCAUACAACACCCAGUGCUCAUCCCAAGAAACUGCAUUCUUAAACAAACGCACUGAUCAUGUAGCUACAAACAUUUCUGAGAAACGAUUUGAGGUCUUUGGUUUUCUAGCUUAGAUUUACAUGUCAAUAAUCAGCUUGUCAUUUUUUUUUAUUUAAACAUUUUUUUAAAGUUGGGCACCUGGGUGGCUCAGUCGGUUAAGUGUCCGACUUCGGUUCAGGUCAUGACCUU